UGGUAUGUUCAUUGACCACUUCAAGCUGCAUUUGACAGAGGAAAAAGAAGAGGCUAUUCGAGAGUGGCAAUUGUUAAAGUCUCUCAUGUAUCAGAGGUAUGGUAAAGAAAUUCCCACUCUGAAGUGGAGAGCUGUGCAUGCUGCAUUUAAGAACCAUGGAGUCUCCAAUAUCCUGAGUUUGGCAGACCUAGUGCUGAGCCUUCCCCCUACAUCUGUGUUUAAUGAGCGAUCUUUUUCGCACAUGAAACUCAUCAAAAGUGACAAGAGAUCCAGAAUGUCAUCCCAAACACUGUCUGAGAUCAUGACCAUAAAGACAGAGUCACCAAACAUUCAGGAAUUCAAUCCUGCUGAUGCCAUAUCCCUCUGGAUGGCCACACCCUCAGGAAGGAAUAGAAGGCCUGAUUUUGAACGUCAAACCAAACGACAGAAAGGAAAUCUGGUGACAGGUCAGGUGGCAGAGACAGGUCAGGUGGCAGAGACAGUUCAGGUGGCAGAGACAGUUCAGGUGGCAGAGACAGAGACUAUGAUUGAGAUGGAACCUGAGACAGAAUACAUGGAACCAGAAAGUGAUUCAGACAGUGAACCUGAACAAAAUGAAAAAGAAAAUGAAAUGUUGAUUAAUAAGUUGGUCUAUGAGAUUGAAAGAGAAUAUAAUUAAACUAUGUAUGAACAAGUUUUCAUGUAUUAUUUAUUUUAAUUUCAAUAUUUUAGCAUUGAAUGUAGUAUUCUAAAUUUCGGUCCAUAGGAAGUUGCUGCGGUCUAUAGAAAAUGAAAUGUCUAUGGACCGAAAGUCUAUAGGACUUUGAAGUUAGUUUCGCA